AGCAUCAACGAUCCAUGUCAAAUAAAACAUUUUGUUUUUGUGCGCAAUAAAUCAAAUUGAAUUUGAACUAGAAAGGAAGAGAGUAACUACGAUUUGAAGGAAGAGACGCAGACAUAGGAGGUUUUCCGCCAAAUUCGAAAAUGGUGAAAGAAAUCGAAACUCUGACAGAAGAUGAAAGACGCGCACUUCGUGGAAGCAAAUUCGCCCCUCUUCCCCGCCCUUCCAAUUCCAAACCUAGGUUGGCUCAUCCAGGUGGACCCUUGGCGACGAAUAAAGCAGCGGCUUUGGCCAAGUUUCUGGAGAGAAAGCUGAAAGACCCAAAUGGAUUGGCGUCUAUUAACCCUGAUAUCCUUGAACUUGCUGUCAAUAAUGCCAAAGAAACUGUCUAUGCAAGUGGUACUUCUAAUUCACGAAGAAAUGUUCGGCAUGUGGACUCCUUUGGUGACUCUGAUUCUAAGGAUUCUAGUGAUGAAGAGCAGAAUGAACUAUCUGAGGUAAAGGAAUGCAAGAAGAAGAAGAAGAAGAAGAAAAAGAAGAAAGAGAAAAACAAAAACAAAAAGCCAAAGAAUACAGAGGACCCUGGAUGUGCCGUGAUGAAAAAGCCUAAACAGAAGUUUAAAUUCUGAUCUUAUUUGUACUGGCAAAAUUUUGAAAGAGGAUUGGAGCUCAAAAUUUUUAGCCAUGGUUUCUUUCCUUGCCCAAAUUUGCUACUUACAAGUAACAUGGAGUUUAGAUGCAAUAUUGUGCAGGAGCUUUUGAUUCGAUCGACCUUUCCAACAAGCUACAACAUAGAUUACGAACCUUUAUAUAUAUAUAUUGUUAGAUUCUUUCAUGUUGUGAAGGUGGAGGGAAUUAUUGUUGAAACAAGUCCAAUUUCCAAAUAUUAAAUGGCAAAAAUGCAGGUCGGGCGAUGGGAUUUCAAAUCGUUGUUGUAAUUUGUAAACAUUCAAUUUCAAUCGGGAUAAACACUUUCAUUUGUCCACCCCUUCUUUUAAUAGUUUUUGUGUUUUCUUUUCGUUUU